AUGGCCGUACUGAACCCAACGCGACAACUUGUUUCAGAAAUUCUAUCUGCACUUCAGCAUGAAGAUAUGCAGGUUAGUAGCAUAGCAGCUGCUGCCCUUCAAAAUAUCAAUGAAACAGUCGUAACAGAUGACAUUGCCAAUGUUCUGGUUCAUAUGCUUCAGGAUAAAUCAUCUCAUAUCAGAUGUCAAGCCUGCAAGAUAGUUGGAAAAAUUAGUGCAAAUGCAAUAACAAAUGAGGUCAUCCAGUAUGUCGUUGAGUCAAUAAAUGAUCAAGAGGCAGAGGUCCAAUGUGAAUUCAUCAAAGCACUUGGAAAGAUUGGUGAAAAGAAACCAACUGACAAGGUCAUCAACGGCUUGACAAAUGCACUUAAGCAUAAAGAUGCCGAUGCCAGGUAUCAUGCUUGUAAAGCCGUCGGAAGAAUUGCUGAGAACAUACCAACAGAUAAGAUGAUACACUGUCUCAUCGAAGCACUACAUGAUCCAGAUUCAAAAGUGCAACGUGAAGCUAGCCAAGCACUUGGAAAGAUUGGUGAAAAGAGAGAAACAGAUAAGAUUAUUAGUAGUUUGAUGAGUGUACUACAGCAUGGAGAUGCAAACGUCCGAUGUGAAGUUUUUAUAAGUAUUGGAAGAAUUGGCGAAAAUGCAACAACAGAUGAGGUCGUCAAACAUAUCAUGGAAUCACUUAAUGAUCAGGAUCCAAAAGUACAACUUGAAGCUAGUAAAGCGCUUGGGAAGAUCGGUGCAAAGAAAGCAACUAAUAAGAUCGUCAGUAGUUUGGUAAAUACACUUAAGCAUAGUAAUCCAUUAGUACGAUAUGAAGCAUGUGUUGGUCUUGGAGCAAUGCGUGAAAAAGCAGCAGUUGUUGAGGUCGUUGAUGGCCUCCUGAAACUUUUUCGAGAUAAAAAUCCGCGGGUUAAAUUCCAAGCAUGUGAUACUCUUGCAAAGAUUAGUGAAAAAGCAGCAGUAAAUGACCUUACUAGCUGUUUGAUUCCAUUACUUGAAGAUCAAGAUUGGAGUGUUCGACGUGCAGUUUGCAUGAUGCUGGGAAGAAUCCGUAGUAAAAUAGCAACGAAAGAAGUCAUCACCAGUCUCAUAAAUGCACUUGGAGAUAAAAAAUCUGAUGUUGGACAGCAGGCAAGUAAAGCCCUGGCCAGAAUCGGUGAAAAUACAAUGACAAACGAGAUCAUCACUGAUUUCGUCAGUGCGUUCAGGAAUGAAAACUCUUCUAUUCGAGCUGGAGUCUGUGCAACUCUCGGAAGAAUUGGAAGCAAAGCAGCGACGAACCAUGUUAUUGAUGGUCUUACUAGAAUGAUUGAAGAUGAAGAUUCAUGGGUAAAUUUGAGAGCCUGUGAAGCUCUUGUGAAGUUCGGUAGAGACACGACAACAAACCGAGUCAUUGAUGGUCUCAUCAAAGCACUUCAACAUCGAGACCUAGGUAUUCGAAAAGGAGCCUGUUUAGUUCUUGAGAAAAUAUCUGAACAUGUCGUAACAGAUAAGCUUAUAAAAGGUAUCUUGGGUGCCGUAGACGAUAAAGAUUCGUAUGUCAGUUGGAAGGUAUGCGUAGUCCUUGGAAAAAUUGCAGCGAAAUCAGCUACCAGUAAUGUUAUCACUAAUUUGAUCGAUGCUCUUCGGCAUGGAAAUGACUUUAUGCAAAAAGAAGCCAAUGAAGCGCUAAUAAAUAUCGCAAGUCACGGAAAAACAAAUGAAGUUAUUAUUCAUCUCAGCCGUGUAUGUCACGACGAGGAGGAUGAUAUGGUAAAAAUCCGAGCUUUCGACGCUCUUGGAGAGAUUGGUCAAGAUGCAACAACGAACGAAAUCAUCAUUGCUUUGAUGAAUGCGGCUACGCAAGAAGAAAGGAAUAUCGUUGGCUGCGCUGUGUUGGAGGCUUUGGAUAGAACGAUUUCCUCGUAUCAUGCAAUCAGACAGUUGAAUCCGACAAUGCUUUCACGAUUAUUGGGAUUUAUGAAGAAAGAAAAGUUGGUAUUAAAAAGCGUGCCAUCAGAUCACUUCCUCAAAGUAUUUUUAGAGACGCGAAAUCUUGAUUUAGCACCGCUGGUCGCAUAUGCUGCAGUAAUACAAGGGACAGCUAUAACUCUCAUUGACGAUCAUAUAACGGUCUACGAUAGCAAAGGAUUCUCGCGAUUUACUGUUACUGAACAUAAUUUAAAAUCGACUCUGGUAGAAGCAUUCACACGCAUUAAAAACGAACUUGGAAGUUAAUUUAGCUGAUUUACCCGAAAGUACACAUAAACGAAUCCUACUUUACCUCCACUUUUAUUCAUUACUCAUCGUGUUAUUAUUUGUGCAAAUUUUAAUAAUUAGCAAAGAAAUGCCUUAGAUGGUAUUUUAUUUGAGGAGACAUAUUAAAUAGGGUGUGGGUGUGGG